UGCAUCCACUGCCUUCUCUGUUCCCUGUUUGCUAAUCUCUCCUGUCUCCAGAGUUCUUGCUGUUGUGAUUCAAUUGGAAAGGCAGAGCUGAGAAAGAUGCUGGCAUAUAAUCAGCUCCGACUACGCAGAUUGGUCAUGCCCGUCUCCGUGAACGCGAAUCUGACGGCUGACUUGCUUGAGAUUGCAACACCUAAGCCCUCAGACUUGAAGCACGAUGCUCAUCGGACGGUUGAUCGCUCGCAACGGCUCGGCUCAAUCAAAGGAGGCCCUGGUGGGAAAGUCGACAAGGAGAGCUGAGCAACCUGUUCCCGUUGACCUCGUAAGGCCCGCAUCCUCGCCAACUGUCGCAUCAAAUGAACUCGAGUGCCACCCCAAAGUCACCUCAAGAGCCAAUACUUCAUCGCCUGCCUCGUCUAACCAGUUCCGUUCGUUGCGCGCCACUUUAGCCGCCAACCGUGCUAACACCGCACAGGGACUCGCCACCAUCGAUCUGUUGGUAGCGCCGAUGGACCUGACCAGUGAAGAACUGUCGCGGUGGCUCAUGCGCGGCGGUGGUGCUGAGCGAGGAGCAGAGAUCAGCGAGGCGAGCAGCCCUACGACUGUGUCUGCCGAAUCAUUCAGCUCGUUUCCAGAGGAGAACGAAGCAUUGAAAGAAUGCCGAGCCGACGUGCAGAGGGAAAAUGGCAACGAGGCAAGGGUGGUUAAAGCAGACGAUGCCGGACGGGUUUCCUCACACGCUUUGCGCGAAGGGAGCAAGGCUUCAAGCUCUAGCCUCGGCCUCCACCAGCGCACAUCGUGCUUCUCACGUGGAACCAGUAGCAUAUCCACCCUGAAUUUCGACCUUGAUCCCACGCCAGUCAGCACGCGUUACCCUGCUACGAUCCCACCGAUGCGAUUACCUCGCAGCACUCCAAGAUCUUCCCCUGCCUCAUCAGUGGCCAGCAUGUCUUCGAGCAGCGGAUCUCAGUCCAACAAACCGGUCGGUACGACGAAGCCCACGAGUAAGGCUACGCACGAUGGCCCUCAGCUGCUGCCUUUCGGCUUCACCGCUCAUGAAGCUACCGGCACUGCGAGAAGGAAAGGCGAGUCAGAUCAAAGCCUUAUCGCUCCAGAAUUUCACUCUCUGCUUUCAAACGUGUGGGAGCCUGAGAGGAUACGUAUGAGAUCGGAAGAAGCACAUGUGCUCGCGCGCGAGUCUCAAGCUAGUGAAACUGGACUAGCUCCUUCUCAUGAGCGCGUCGAGUUCCCCUUUAAAGUUGCUUCGUCAUUGCAUCUUCCACAGCAGCCGCAAGGACUGCGUCUCCGGAGUGAUCCCUCAUCUGAAAUAGUAAGCCGCAAAGACUGGCCCGGGACAGCCAACGAUGCGGGCCGAUGGACAGCCCCACCCGAGGCGUCAAAACUCGCGUUCAAGAAAAAGCGCAGCUCUAUUCCCUUUCCUGCCUGUCCUGAUGUGGCGUCCAGCCCACGCUCGUCACUCGUCAUGCCAUUGAUACUGGAGAGCUCUAUGGGCAUGAGGGCCUUGGGGAAUGACAUCAGGGAAGAGUUGGCACUAUCUCCAUCAUCUGCUCAAUCCACCGCGGUCGCUCAUCCAACAAGCGAUCGGUCGUCAUUGCAACACCCAUUCGAGCGACAUUCGCCUCCAACGGAAUCGUCUGCUGCUGUUUCUCGCUUCAUCGAGCUUUCAACGCCACGCAGCAGUCUGCUCUUGGAUCUCGACUCGACGUUGGUUGGCAAUCCCGCUGAGGAUGCAAACGACAAGGUGGACAUGAGACUUUUGCCUCCCUCUGACCGCAGCCACUUCGCAGACGCAUCGCGCUCAGCAGUUUGGCUUUGCAUCGAGUCGUUACUGUCCAUCUUGGACAACAGGGCGAUGCACCCGUUUCUGCUUGACCUCGUUUCAAGGCAGAUCGCAGCCUUCAUGUGGCUGGCUGACGACUCAUUGCUGGGAGCUCGUGUACUCAUAAAGCUGUCGCAGAGCACCGAGCAAUGGACACUGCACAGAGAGCAACUUCGCGAAGAUAUCCUCAAGAUGCGCCUGCUCAAAGGCGGCAGACCGGAACGAUCUCCGUUCUUGGUCGAGGCUCGUGCGGCUCUCGCGGAGUACCUGGGCCUAUCGACGCAGCACGCUGGUCCAUUUCCGCUCAUUACCAAGGCUUCUAAGGCCAUCAGUAAGCGAAUGUGGACGCGGCGUUUGCAAAACAUGGUCAACAAAACGACCCGCCACACAUCUCCGCCUGGCCUCAAUCCCCAGUCGAUGGAUCAGAAAGCACAGCGUUUAUCCGAUCUCGUGGCAGUAUUGCUAGACAAGGGGCGCAAUUUGAACUCUCGUAAAUUGCCGAUGGUGUCCAAGGAGGACGCCAAGGAGCUCAUGCACCAGAUCGUCGUCCUCUUGGCGCUCGGCGAUACGAUGCAUUCAUUCCAGCCCAAAUGGACAGACCUGAGCAUCCUUCGCAUGAUGCUAGAAGCUCGAAAGGCCAAAUUCUCCCCGCGUCUGCUCUUGGUGAUCUCCGCUAGUAUCCAAGCAUAUUACGCCAUGAAGCUUCCCAGCGCGAAGCUGCUUCCUAGGCACCCGAACGUUGUAGAGGCUUUCGGUGCCAUUCUAGAUUUAAAAUCCACAGCCCUCAACGCAGGGGCUGCAAGCUUACUUCACAAUAUGUUCGCUUGAUCGCGCCCGCCCUCCCAUCUCGCCAUGUAGCCCGCAACAUAGACGCAGCUGCUCCGCUCCUGAGAACUAUUUCGCUAUUUCU